AUGAUGAGAAAAAGAACUUUUGCAGUAAUCAUUGGAAAACACGUUGAGUCUGGAAUAUCUUGUCGGAUGGUGAACAUCACAAAAACUUUAUAUGAAGCUGAUGUCUGUGAUGAUAAAUGUACUUUGUUGAAACAGUCAUUGCCGGUACAUAUUAGUGAGAUCAUUUUGAAAGCUGAUUAUGCAAAAAAGUUUACUACAGUCAAAUCACUGACCUCUGAUCAGCACUUGGCGCUCUAUACUGAACAAACGAAUAAAAAAAUGAAAAAUUUCCAAAGAAUUCAACUUCAUUAUCAUGCAUCAUGUUGAAUCAUCAAAGCCGAAUGUUUCAUUCUUGCUUUGAAUGAAGGAACGAGGGA